CGAGGCAGGAGAUGCCGCGGUCCCCCCCGGCCGCGCCCGGUGGGGGCGCCUGAGUCCGGGCUGCCGCUCCCCGCCCUUUCCGGCGUCGGCGGCCCGGCUGCGCCCGCUGCUCCGUGAAUGCUGCGCCUGUCGGAGAGGAACAUGAAGGUGCUAUUCGUCGCCGCGCUCGUGGUGGGCUCCGUCGUCUUCCUGCUGCUGCCCGGGCCGUCCGCCGCAGACGAGAAGAAGAAGGGACCCAAAGUCACCGUCAAGGUGUACUUCGACCUGCGCAUGGGAGAUGAGGACAUAGGCCGGGUGGUCAUCGGCCUCUUCGGCAAGACUGUCCCCAAGACGGUGGAGAACUUUGUGACCUUGGCUACGGGAGAGAAAGGGUUUGGCUACAAGAACAGCAAAUUCCACAGAGUCAUCAAGGACUUCAUGAUCCAGGGUGGCGAUUUCACCCGGGGAGACGGCACCGGAGGGAAGAGCAUCUACGGCGAGCGCUUCCCCGACGAGAACUUCAAGCUGAAGCACUACGGGCCCGGCUGGGUGAGCAUGGCCAACGCUGGCAAGGACACCAACGGCUCCCAGUUCUUCAUCACCACUGUCAAGACGUCCUGGCUGGACGGCAAGCACGUGGUCUUCGGGAAGGUGCUGGAAGGCAUGGAGGUCGUGCGGCAGGUGGAGAGCACCAAGACAGACGGUCGGGACAAGCCCCUGAAGGACGUGACCAUCGCCGACUGCGGCAAGAUCGAGGUGGAGAAGCCCUUUGCCAUCGCCAAGGAGUAGACGGGACUGGUCCCCAUCCCCGAGCCACCGUCCACGCGGCCCUGGGUGUAGACGGCCCCUGCAGGGCACCGAACUGCCCUCUGGCGGCAUCUGGAGGCCGGCUGGACCCGCCCUGCACAGUCUGAAGCCCGCCGCCCUCCUGCCAUUUUAUAAGCGGCCACCAGUGGCACCCAAUAAAAACCAAGGUGGGUUUUUUUAUAA